AUGGCCGAAACAGGAGCAAGCUUUUCCAUAAACCCCGUGCGACUUCCGAGCGACUUGUCAGAUACUACUGCUCUCUUCUAUGCCUAUGCUAGGUCCUUGGGCUUUGACCUAUCUUUCCAAAAUUUUGACAAUGAAAUGGCAGGGAUGCCGGGGAAAUAUUCUCCUCCACAAGGAGAAUUACUCUUAGCCAGGAAUGACGCUGGGGGUGCUAUCGGGUGUGUCGGACUGCGGCCUCUCCCUUCUACGGUAGCAGGAGGUAAGGUCUGCGAGAUGAAGCGCCUCUACGUUACGCCAGCAGGGCGAGGGACCGGAGUCGGCAAAGCCCUGGCCUCUGCCAUCAUCGCUGUAGCAGAGAAGCUCGAGUACGACGAAAUGAGGCUGGAUACCCUGCCGAGUAUGACCACGGCGUUAAGGAUGUACCGCAACUUCGGGUUCGAAAACAUUGCCGCAUAUUAUGAGACUCCUCUAGAAGGGACUCAUUUCCUCAGCUUGAAACUGCCAAGACAGGCAAAAGAACGACCCUGGUCCGGAAGCAGGAACUGUUGA